AUGUGCAACACUGUAAAAGCUUGUCUAAUCAACGCUCGCAGCCUAAGAAAUAAAUUUUCAGAUCUAGAAACCCUGGCAGCUUUGGAAAAUUAUCAUAUUAUUGGUAUUACAGAGUCUUGGCUCAACUCUGCGAACAGAGACUUUCUUGCUGAAUAUAACCUGCCAGGCUAUGACAUGUUCAGCUGCGAGAGACAAGAUAGAAUAGGAGGCGGUGUAUUGCUCUAUGUUAAAGCCAGUCUUCAGCCAACCAUAUUUAAAACCGAUAAAAUAAACAAUAUAGACUCAGUCUUCUUACAUUUAAGAGUACGUUCUAAGAAAAUUGUUAUUGGUCUUGUUUAUAGGCCUCCGGCUCAAAAUAUUUCUUCUGAUAAAAAUUUACAAGAUCAAAUUACUGAAAUAAGUAACAAUUUUGAUACAGUCAUCUGUGGAGACUUCAACUUGCCUGUCAACUCAUGGGGAAGUCCACUUAACUCUCGCUCUGGUCAGGACUUGUACAAUAGUUUAUUAGACUGUUCUCUAAAGCAACACGUUCAACAACCCACACGAGGUGACAACAUAUUAGAUCUUGUUCUUUCAACAAACGACGACUUAAUAUCAAAUGUUAAUAUUGGUCCUGAAUUUAGUAACAGUGAUCACAAGAUUGUCUCCUUCAACAUCAACCUUCAAGUGUAUAAAGACAGUGUUAGCAACGAAGAAGUUUUCAUUUACAAAGAAGGAGAUUACGAGAUACUAAAGUUAAUUCUUGCUGCAACAGAUCGGAAUGCCGAACUUGGUGAAAGUAACAUUGAAGAAUCAUGGGCCAAAUUUAAAUACAUUUUAGAAAACGCUGUGAAGUCAUGUAUUCCAAUGCGUAAAAGGCGUCCAUGCAAAAGGAACAAACCUAAAUGGUGGACAAACCAAACUGAGUCACAACUACUAAAGAAAAAUCGUGCCUACCGUAAAUAUCUGAUAUCUCAGAACGAGGGUGACAAACUUGAAUAUGACAGAAUACCAAAGAAGCUCAUUAAACAAAGCAAGAAAAACCUUGAAAUGUAUAUUGCAAGCGUCACCAAAUCCAGUCCCAAGGAAUUUUAG